AGUCCGCGCGCGUCAUGCCCUCGCUCCUGACACCACUGCUGCUGCUGCUGAGUCUGGCACGGCACGCUGUUCUACUCAGCAGCGACAUGAGGUACUACAACGUGGGCGUGCUGAUGGCCUCCAGGCUGGACUCGCCCUUUGACCUGGAGCGAUGCGGACCCGCCAUCGACCUCGCGCUGGAGGAGAUCAAUGACAAGUUCCUCAGCGAGCACAGAGUACGGCUCCAGAAGGUGCAGGAAAGUUAUCCGUCGUGCUCCGGGGAUCGCGCGCCUGGUCUGGCCGCUGACAUGCACUUCCGUGACGAUGUGAUUGCCUUCAUCGGUCCUGCCUGCGCCUUCGCGCUGGAGCCCGUGGCACGUCUCGCCGCAUACUGGAACACUCCUAUCAUCACCGGUAUGGGCGACCAGCCUCCUUCAGAAGGAACUCUUUCGGUGACUUCCGGCAUCCUGGGACGUCUUCACAAGUUGAGAAACGGAAGUUCCCUAGUAGUGGUGAAGGAGGACACACUGACGCGGAUGUCAUACUGCCAGUGUCGUCUCAAGCUUGUCUUCUCCAGCAUCUUCAAGCAGUUCAGCUGGAACCACGUGGCACUUCUACUGGACCGUUCAGAUCUGUUCUCUCUAACUGUAGGAAAACACUUGGAGAUUGGACUGCGCAGAGCAGGAACUCUAAGUUUUGUGCGAGAACUGGAUGGAAACGAGGAAGACAACUGUCAGGCGUAUCUGAGAGAUGCCAGCAUGUACGCCAGAGUAGUGAUCCUGAGUGUGAGAGGGCUGCUGGUACGGAGGUGUAUGAUCGCCGCCCACCAUCUCGGCAUGACCCGCGGAGAUUGGACGUUCCUUGAUGUAGAAAUUGUUCAGGGCAGUUACUGGGGAGACCACGACUGGGAGGUUGGAGAUGAGAAUGACUCCAUCGCUAGGAAGGCUUACGAGGCCCUGCUCCGCGUGUCCUUGCUGGAACCAAAGAACAAGGACUUCAGCAAGUUCGUCCAGGAUGUAAAGCACAGGGCGAAGCUGCACUACAAUUAUACUUUUUCAGAAGGUGAAGAGGUAAACUUCUUUGUGGGUGCUUUUUACGACGGAGUUUUUCUGCUUGGAUUAGCGCUGAACGAGACUCUCACGGAAGGGCUUGACAUCAGAAAUGGAAGAGCCAUCACCAGGAAAAUGUGGGGAAAGAGCUUUCAAGGGAUAACCGGACACGUGAGGAUAGACGAGAACGGAGAACGAGACGCCGACUACUCGGUAUUAGACUUGGACCCAAUCACUGGCAAGUUUGAGGUGGUAGCUCACUACUAUGGGAUCAACCGCAAGUACAAACAAGUCGCCAAUAAGAGGAUACACUGGCCCGGGGGCAAGGAGGGACCCCCGCCUGACGUUCCUCCCUGUGGCUUCAUGGGCAACGAUCCCUCCUGCCUUGAGACGGGACAAAACAACGAUUUGCUGCUUUACGGGAUGAUAGCAAUUAGCAUCUUCCUCGGUUUCACAUUCGUGCUGGUGUUCUUUGCCAACAAACACAUGCGCCUUGCCGCCGACCUCAACAACAUGUCAUGGAAGGUGCGGCCCGAAGAAGUGCUUCUGGAGAUCGGAAAGCCCUUCUCCUCGAGGCUCGCCCUACAGCGGAACCUGGAGAUGUACGAGAAUGGUAUCAAUGGUCUGCAUGAGCGACUUACCGUGCGCCGCAGCUCUAUAGAGUCCAGCACCUCCCUGCUGCCAACCCAGAUGUUCACGACUAUCGGUAUCUAUAAGGGGUCUCGAGUUGCAAUUAAGAAGGUCAUCAAGAAGAAAGUAGAUAUCAACAAGAAACUCUUAUGGGAAAUUAAACAGGUAAGGGAUGUCACACACGAGAACACCGUCAGGUUUGUCGGUGCCUGUAUAGACUGCCCGAACGUACUGAUACUGACUGAAUACUGUCCCAAGGGCAGCCUCAAGGACGUUCUGGAAAACGAAGCAAUCCAGUUGGACUGGAACUUCAGAAUGUCGCUUAUACAUGACAUUGUUAAGGGAAUGGCAUUUCUUCAUGGCUGUGAAGUAGCAGUACACGGAAAACUACGCUCCUGCAACUGUCUCAUAGACGGCAGAUUUGUUCUCAAAAUCUCAGAUUUUGGCCUUCACACUUUGACAACCCCUUCAGAAGUUGUUAAAGACAAUGCUUUUUACAAUAAGCUGCUUUGGAUAGCUCCUGAGCUGCUGAAGGAGACCACAGUGCCUGGACAUCCCGCCUCACAGAAGGGGGAUGUCUAUAGCUUCUCUAUUAUAUUGGAGGAGAUCGUUGUGCGUGGAGGCCCUUAUGAGUUGGCUCGUCAAACUCUGUCCAUCCAAGAGAUCCUACAUAGAGUGGAGUCUUAUGCCACUCCUCCAUUUCGACCAGAUCUCAGCGACCGUGACUGUCCCGAUGAUCUGAUGGGUCUCAUGGAAAGAUGUUGGGCCGAUAACCCGGAUGAGAGGCCAUCAUUUGAGAUUGUAAGAGGCAUCAUUCGAAAAAUAAUGAAAGGUUACUGUGAAAACCUAAUGGACGACCUUCUGAGAAGAAUGGAACAGUAUGCCAACAACCUAGAGGCUCUUGUAGAGGAAAAGACUGACCAGCUAAGUCAAGAAAAAAGACGAUCAGAAGAACUGUUAUUUCAAGUGCUUCCUAGACCUGUGGCUCAACAGCUUAUGGCCGGAGAGAUGGUUCAGCCAGAGCAGUUUGAAUGUGUCACAGUCUACUUCAGUGAUAUUGUAGGGUUCACAGCUCUGUGUGCCCAAAGCACACCAAUGCAGGUGGUGACCCUCCUAAAUGAUUUGUACAGCACCUUUGACCGAGCAAUAGGAUUCUAUGAUGUUUACAAGGUUGAGACUAUUGGAGAUGCUUACAUGGUAGUGUCAGGUCUGCCUGAGCGCAAUGGAGACAACCACGCUCGGGAAAUAUCUCUUAUGGCUUUGUCAAUACUGGAUGCUCUUCAUUCCUUCAGCAUCCAACACAGGCCUGACUCCCAGCUCAAGGUCCGGAUUGGUAUACAUUCAGGUCCUGUGUGUGCUGGUGUGGUCGGCCAGAAAAUGCCACAUUACUGUCUGUUCGGAGAUACUGUCAACACUGCGUCAAGGAUGGAAUCGUCAGGACAACCUCUGCGUAUCCACGUGAGCGAGGCCACAAAGCAGAUUCUGGACAAGUUUGGUACGUUCCAGCUGGAGUUGCGAGGCGAGGUCGAACUCAAGGGGAAGGGACGAGUGGUGACCCACUGGCUUCUGGGAUGCUCCGAGCCUGACCCUCGGCCUCCAACCCCUCUUCCUUCCCACAGUGACAACGCCGACAACAACCCAUACCCUCUCAUUUUCCCUGAGCUCAGUGUCAACAUCAAGUAAAUUUUAUGUCCAACAACAUCCUUUGAGUGCCCUCUGUUGUGCCCAAUGCCAAAUAUUACUUAAUUUUUAAAUUUAUGAAACUAAAUUGUGCAGGCAAGUUAAUAGUAGUCAUUGAGUUCAAUAAUUUGAUCCAAAAAGUGAUUAAGACUUAUUACCUACAUGUGAAAUUGAAACUUGCCAUUUGGGUAAAUCCUACAACUAAAAAUGAUAGUCUUCGUAUAAACUCAAAAUAAUUAUAUAAAGAUGAAUAAAAUUAAUUUCAAUAAUAUUGAAUAAGAUUUUAUGAAAGCAAAAAAUACAUAUUUCUGUUAUGGAAAUGAUAUGUAACACAAGUAAUAUAAAUUACUUCCCCUAAAUGUAAUCUUAUCUUUUGAUUAAUUAGAUAUUUUACUUACUGGCACUCAAGGGAUUUUACAUUAACUGUAACGUUUGUGGAAAAUAAAUUAUGGCUAGAAUUAUUUAUCAUGAUGAAGAGCCAAAAUGUUACAAAUUAUUUUUACUUUACUGCUGCUGAAACUGAACUCAAUAUUGUAUAUUAGAGAACAAUACAUCUUCAUUAUACAUAAAUCCUCGCACAACGUUACCUCUACUAGUUUACUUAAUAUCAUUAAUAUGGAAGGUUUGCUACAUGUUAUAAUUGUUUACUUGGUCAUUACAAUCCUAUUUAUUGUAACUUAAUAGUAUUUAUUGUAUUUGAAAAAUUAAGGUAUAAUGAACCUAAGCAUUUGUAACUUAAAUGUUCUUUCUUGAUUGUACACAGAUUUUCCUUAGGGUAACCCAAGUUAAACAUACAUUUCAGGGUCGAUUCUUGGGGAGAAAAUAAAAAUGUUUUCUUUUGUAAACAUACUUAUAUUACUAAACAUGAACAAAAAUCUAAGAGUGUUUUGUAAGGGAUUAAUUAAUUUAAAAGAUUUGAAGAUCAGUUUUAACUUAAUAAAAAACACAUGCUUAAGAUUAGGAGACUUUUUGGGCAUUAAUAUAUUUUAAAACUAAUAAAAAUAUGUAGAGCCAAAAAACAAUAUGCUUCUUUUAUUUAUUGGAUGUUCCAUCCAAUGAUGGAAUAUUUCUUAAUUCUUUGUCAGAAACAUGAAAUAUUAACAAGACUCCAUCAAAAGUCACACACUUUGGCAAGAAGUUUACAACUUGUGCACAAAAAUAUAAAAUAUCUAAUGAGUAAUCCUGGAAUGACAGUCAUUCAGGAUAGAAAGAGAAGAGAAUCAAGAUUACCUCCUGUCGAGAUCCCAUGGAACAUGAAUCCGGGGGUCUGUGGGAUAUUAUUAGGUUCAAUUAUUGCAAUUUUGAAAAUGAUAGAGGCUAGCAAUGUGCAACAUGUAACAAUUGAAAUGGGCAAAGGGCAUAUUUCUCUGAGGUCUAAGCUAAACAUUUAUUAUUCAUAGUCAAUAAUGGAUCUGAAACAAAAAUACUUGGGUAAACUAACUUUUAUUUAGACCUCUAAACAUUAUCUUUCUCAGGUUAAAAUCAAUGAACCUGCCCAUUGCAAUUUAUAAAAAUAAAUUGGACAUUUGUUGAAACUGAUGAAGCUUGGUUUUAUAAUACAUUUUAGAAAAUGUCACAGGAAAAAACUCUAAGAAUCAAUCCUGAAAGUCUUUACAUGUUAACUUCAGGAUAAUUUGAAUGGCUUAAUUAUAAGAUAAAGAUAAAUGUAUUCAUUCUUAAGUCCAUUUCAUGCAAAGAAUGGAAUGAAAUGGGUUACCUAAACGCUAAACCACAUUUAGAUUAAUAAAAGUAGUUAACUAUAUCCAUAUAUUAGUAGAACAGUUAUGAAGAAUAUUUAAAGAAUGUUAUGAUGAAAGACAAUUAAUUAUGGGAUGGGAAGAUGGAGUAGUAAUCUUGGAGGUCUGGUAAAUAAUUAAAUAUUUUGGUGUACCCUCAACUUCUAUAGUUUAGAAAGUUACAAAUACCAAAAAUUGUUAUUGUAUAUACUUUAUACCAUGUUCUUUCAAUAUUGAAUGACACAUUUUUAGUCAAUAUAAUUUGAAUUUUAUUUAGUCGAAAGCAUGUUGUAUUUAUACAUUAAAUUUCUUGAUUUAUUAAGUUACAAUAUUUAUAAGCCUACUCACUAGAAAUGUACAGAUGGAAUCCCUAAAAUCUUGAUUACUGUACAACAUGACAAACCUAUCUGAAACUAAUCAAGGUGAAUUAAUCAAAAAUGAAAUGUUUGCUUAAAACAAAGUUUUGGUAAUUGAAAGCCUUAGAAUGCCACUAUUAAAAACCAAAGUGUCUUCUAUAUCUUUAUAGGCUUUUAUUAAUAGAUAAGUCAUAAGAAGAUGAUAGAACUGUAUUUUGGUUACCAAUAAACUCGGAGGAGUUGAA